CCUACCACUCUGCAUCUCCAAAUUUGCGCCGUUCUUUCUGAGGCCACCUUUCAGGUCAUAACCUCAACUGAGGGCUCGCACAGGCCAUACAUGGCGACACUCACUGCUGGCGGUAACUCCGCCUUCAAAAAUUUCCACAACCAGUUCGCCCAUAUCCAGGAUCCAAAUGAACGCAGACGCCUAGCUCUUGCAGAAAUCGACAAGGCACCCUUUGGCUGGUAUCACAUUCGCGCUAUCGUCGUUGCCGGAAUCGGCUUCUUCACUGAUGCCUACGACAUCUUCGCCAUCAACUUGGCCAGUGCCAUGUUAGGUGUCGUCUUCUGGCUCGAUGCCAAAGAUAAACCAGGGAAGAUCCCUUCUAGUGCUGACACCGCGAUCAAGGUCGCUACGUCUGGGGGGACGGUCAUUGGCCAGGUUGGGUUUGGAUGGCUUGCCGAUGUCGUCGGUAGAAAGAAGAUGUAUGGUCUUGAGCUGAUGGUCAUCAUCUUCGCGACUCUCGCCCAAGCGUUGUCGUCCGAUUCUCCUGGUGUUUCAAUUGUUGGUCUCUUAAUCUUCUGGCGUGUAAUCAUGGGGAUUGGAAUUGGUGGUGAUUAUCCUCUUUCGUCCAUUAUCACAUCAGAAUUCGCAACUACCAAAUGGCGAGGUGCCAUGAUGGGUGCAGUCUUCGCCAUGCAGGGAAUUGGACAGUUUGCUGCAGCUUUGGUCGCCUUGAUCGUCGCAGCUGGCUUCAAAGAGUCCCUGAAAACAGCGGAAAGCGAAAGCCAGUGUUCUGGUGUUUGUCAAGUCGCUGUGGAUAAAAUGUGGCGUGUGGUCAUCGGUUUCGGCGCUGUUCCAGGCUGCAUUGCUCUCUAUUAUCGCUUAACAAUCCCCGAAACACCACGAUACACCUUUGAUGUCCAGCGAGAUGUCGUCAAGGGCGCUGAAGAUACCAAAGCAUAUAUGCUGGGUAAACCUGAGGGAAGCCCGGACGAACUCCAGCGCAUUGCCACAUUGGAGCAAAGCCAAAGCCAACUUCAAGUGCCAAAGGCGAGCUGGUCAGACUUCUGGACGCACUAUAAACAGUGGAAACAUGGAAAGGUUCUCUUGGGAACUGCGGGCUCUUGGUUCUUCCUUGAUGUUGCCUUCUAUGGACUCGGCUUAAAUAACUCGAUCAUCCUUUCUGCAAUCGGCUACACUGGCGGUAAGGACAUGUACGAAAUUAUGUACAAUACCGCAGUGGGAAAUUUGAUCCUGAUUUGCGCCGGCGCCAUUCCCGGAUACUGGGUCACCGUCGCUACCGUCGACACUCUUGGGCGUAAACCGAUUCAGAUCAUGGGCUUUACAAUGCUCACGGUGCUCUUCAUUGUCAUCGGCUUCGCCUACGACAAACUCCUCCACUCGAACAACGGACUCUUGGCCCUCUAUGUUAUCGCCCAGUUCUUCUUCAACUUCGGGCCCAACUCCACCACUUUCAUCGUUCCUGGCGAAUGUUUCCCGACCAGAUAUAGAUCCACGUCUCAUGGCCUCAGUGCUGCUUCAGGGAAGGUGGGUGCCAUCAUUGCGCAGUGUGUGUUUGGCCCUCUAGUCUCUCGGGGAGCAAAGCCAGGGUCAUCCGAGAAGCCUUGGCUCAAGCACGUCAUGCAAAUAUUUGCUUUGUUCAUGCUGUGUGGACUGAUUACCUCCUUCCUCAUUCCUGAAACCAAGAGGAAGACCUUGGAGGAGCUGGCGGGUGAAGUUCCGGAGACGCCAAACUAUGACCCAGUAACGGCUGGUCAUGCAAGAAGAGAAGGGCAGCAGGUAAAAGGUGGAGAGGAGACGCCAGAGACUGUCUCUCCUGAUAUGCAACCGAAUGAGAAGCAUACGACGAUUGUUUGA